AUGGGUCAUAGCCUACAAAUGAUGAGUUGGUAAGAUAUAUCUUCUCUCUAGAAAAGAUAAUAAAGAUAUAUAUUAGUGGAUAUAUUUUAUAAUCCAAAUAAGGAGAAGAUCCAUUUCCAAAAUAGAGGAGGGCUUUCUUCCUAUUUGACAAUUAUUUUGAAACAAGUUUAUUUGCUUGGACUUAUGAUACCGCAAUAAAUACCUUAAAUAAAUUUCGUUAUUGGGGUGACCUCAAAUUACUUAGGAUUCAGAGCUUAAAAUUUUAAGUCUUAAAAAAUUUAUGGAUACAACUACUUUGAAUUUGAUAUAUGUCUCCUCAGGGUCUUAUAUACAGAAGAAAAAAAAUUUACUAAACUAGUUAAACUUCUUCACUAGGUAGGUAAGAAUCUUAACAAAUUAAUUUCACUUAGAAAUAUAAUUCAUUAUGGCUAUGUAUAUGAAGCCACGUUUUAACAUGUGUCAGCCAUGAUAGAUUUCUCAAUCAAAUGA